AUGGCAUUUUCAGUAUCAACUAAAUCUAUUGCCAAAGAAACACGAUCUGAAAGUACUAUCUAUACAGCAACAUCACGCGAUUAUGAUCGAAAAAAAUUAGCUGCAAAACAAGAAGUAAAACAUGAAAAAGAUUUUGAUGCACUUGAACGUAAAAUGAUCUCACACGCUAAAUGGAAUCAACGUGCUGAAAAUAAUAAACUACGUCCAAAUCUAACAACGAAUCAAAAUCCAAGUUCUUCAUCAUCAUCAUCUCUCGAUGAUUUUAUUCAACGAGGAAGAAAUAAACAAGAUAAUAUGAUCAAUGCAAAACGAAUGGGUAAUGAAAGUAUUCGACGUACUUCAAUGAACACUGUUCCAAAAGUUUAA